CCUAAUUUAAGCUGCUACGAGAUGCGGUGAGCUCACAUGCCAGGGCGUCGUGCGGUGAAUGACCUGUUCACGGGGUAUCGGCGGAAUAUCUCGGUCGCGUGCAUCACCAAGUGGUUCGACUUCGGAGGCUAUGGUUGUGCCGCACCCUCAGUCCCCCGCGAGGAAGCAGAUAGCCAGGAGCUCGUAGUAUUGCGUCGGCCGGGCCGCUGUGACAGGUCGCCGAGUGCUAUGCUUGGAGGCUGGACACGAGAACGUGUGGAAGUGCACAGUCACGCCAGCCGCGUUCUGUCGACUUCAUACCGCUUCGCGAGGAAUAACCGACUAUUGGCAUUGCGCGACGCUCGUAUAAAGACGCAAACGUCUCCACCAUUGACCACGCUCUUUCGCCCUCAACGACGUACGAUGUUGAAAGUAGGCUUCCUCGCUUUGGCUUUCGCUCUUUCUCCGCUGGUGCAGGCCCAAGUCGCUGUUUGGGGCCAGUGCGGUGGCAUUGACUACACUGGCAGCACAACUUGCGCCGCGGGCUCUGUAUGUGUCGAACAGAACGACUACUACUCCCAGUGCAUCCCAGGCGCCACCGCCAGCACUACCAUCACCAGCGCAUCGUCCCAUACGGCCUCGUCGGCUUCAAGCUCGGUUGUCAGCAGCUCGACUUCUGCCGCUCCCCCGCCCGCCUCGACGGGCUUCGUGAAGACGUCGGGCCAGAAGUUCGUGCUCAAUGGCGAGGAGUUCACUGUUGUCGGCGAGAACUCAUACUGGGUCGGCCUCAUGGGCUACGGUACCGCGGACAUCAGCAAGGCAUUCCAGGAUAUUGCCGGUGCCGGCUCAACUACCGUCCGCACUUGGGGUUUCAACGAAGUCACGUCAUCCACUCAAGCGAACUCCCCAAUCUAUUACCAGUCUUGGUCUGGCUCGACACCGACUGUGAACACGGGCGCGAGUGGCCUGGAGAAUUUUGACACGAUUGUCUCUACUGCGAAGGCCAACGGCCUUCGUCUCAUUGUUGCUUUGACGAACAACUGGUCCGACUACGGCGGUAUGGAUGUUUACACCCAGCAGAUCCUCGGCUCUGCCGAUCACGACCUCUUCUACACCAACGCUCAGGUCAUUGCCGCCUACAAAAACUACAUCAAGACCUUUGUCGGUCGCUACGUGAACGAGCCCACGAUUCUUGGCUGGGAGCUCGCCAAUGAGCCGAGGUGUGCGGGCAGCACAGGCACUACGUCUGGCACCUGCACCACUGCCACCGUUACCAACUGGAUCUCCGAGAUCUCGGCGUACAUCAAGUCUAUCGACCCGAACCACCUUGUUGCCCUUGGCGACGAGGGCUUCUUCAACGAGCCCGGAAACCCUAGCUACCCAUACCAGGGCGGAGAGGGCAUUGACUUCAACGUUAACCUCAACAUCUCGACCAUCGACUUCGGUACCUUCCACCUGUACCCCGAUAGCUGGGGUCAAAGCUCGGACCCGAGCGACAGCGUCUGGGGCAGCCAGUGGAUCAGCGACCACGCGACGUCACAGAAGAGCGCGAACAAGCCGGUCAUCAUGGAAGAGUUCGGUGUGACGAACAACCAGACGGGUGUUUACACCACCUGGUACAGCACUGUCAUUAGCUCGGGACUCACGGGCGAUCUCAUCUGGCAGGCCGGCUCGGAAUUGUCUAACGGGGACACGCCUAACGACGGCUACGCUGAAUACCCCGACGGUCCGGUGUACCCUAUCAUCCAGGCGCAUGCUGCUGCACUCAAGGCUCGUGGCUGAACAGGAGAAUGGUAUGUCUGGGGCAUAUUUAAAUCUUUCUAAGAAAAAGGGGGCAUUGUCCGGUCUUGUGAACGGAAUGAUUAUCUCAUUUCAGAGCA